GAUGGCGGCUUGGAAGUUGUACACGACUUUUGUGYUAAUAAACCCAUCAAAAUAAUAGCUUUAUAACCGACUCAGCACAAUCAUCUCAACUUACCGGCCCCGUGCAGUACUAACUGAUAUUUCAGCAUGUAUGAAAGCACCAAAAACAUGUUUCUYACCCGAGCCCUGGAGAAGAUUCUUCAUGACAAGGAGGCCAAGAAGUCUUACCACUCGCAGCUCAGGAAAGCUUGUGAAGUUGCUCUAAAAGAGCUCCAUGAAACACAUGGAAUAGCAGCAACUGAUGAAAACGAUGGAAGCCCUUCAUCAGUACUUCCUCCACCUAAAGGAACAUUACCCUUCAUCUAUGCUGACAAAUAUUUCCUGCCGUUUGAACUUGCUUGUCAAUCAAAGUCUCCACGUAUUGUUACUACAGCACUUGACUGUUUACAGAAAUUGAUAGCCUAUGGUCACUUGGCUGGCGACAUACCAGAUAGCACAGAACCUAGCAAGCGAUUAAUUGACCGUAUCAUAGAGACAAUCUGCAGCUGUUUUGUGGGUGUCCAAACAGAUGACAGCGUUCAGUUGCAAAUUAUUAAAGCCCUGUUAACGGCAGUGACUUCCAAUACAUGUGAAGUACAUGAAGGUACCUUACUACAGGCUGUGCGCACAUGUUAUAACAUCUACUUGGCAAGUCGUAACCUCAUCAAUCAGACYACAGCAAAAGCCACCUUGAGUCAAAUGAUUAGUGUGAUAUUUCAACGGAUGGAGCAGCAGGCUGCAAUUGAAGAAGAAGAGGAGGAAAUGAUGAAAGAGAAUGAAAGUAGUAGCAUAUCAACAACAGACGACAGUGACAGGACAAAAACUACCCYCACCCCACCAGGGUCAGUUGUAUCUGAUGAACAUAAAACAAGAGAAGAAAGUGAAUCCGAAAGCAAUAAACCUGACAGUUCACCAAUUGAGGACGGUGCUUCAGAAGCAGGUACUUUAACACAAGUGGACAAGCACACUGACGAGGAAGCUACUGAUUCUAACUCCAAAAAUGAAGAAUCGACAACGGAAACAGAUCCUCGUAUACAUCAAGCAGUGGAAGAAAAAACUGACAAGACAAAGGAAGGUGGAGAGGAAGCUGUCAUACCAUCUGAACAGGAUGUUGAUGAAGGGGUUGAUUUACAAGAUGAUCAGAAUGAUGAAGUUAUCAAAGACUGUGAAGAACAUGAACCUCAGACUCAACCACAACAAGAUAAAGAAGAAAACAUUGAGGCGAACAAAACAGAAGAAGACCCAWGUAACAACAAAGAGGAAAGCGAGGAAGAUAUUACUAAAGAUCAAUCACCAGCUACUAAUGGGGAAGCUGAAAAAGAACCAGAACCAGAUGAAGAAGUCACAGAUACACAACAACAACAACAACAACCUCAACAACAACAACAACCUGAAGUUACUGAAACUGAGUCUGAUGUUACAAAGAAAGUUGACAAAGAAACUGGCCUUCAAAAUAGUAUUGAACACCAACCCCUCCCUACUGGUGGUGAUACAGCYGAAGACUCCAAACAAGAUGAACCAUCUCUAGAACCUGCAGCUGUUCCAGACAUCAUCCCAGAAGAUUCAAGGUCCAUAGAUUCUCAUGUUACAGAUGAUCAUGACGAAACCAAGUCAGUUGACGGCAGUAACUCUGCAACAUCUCUUACUGGUCAGCAGCCUGGUCCAGUCAAAUUCUCACAUGUCACUCAAAAAGAUGCUUUUUUAGUGUUCAGAUCAUUGUGUAAGCUGUCAAUGAAACCACUGGCAGAUGGUCCACUAGAUCCAAAGUCCCAUGAGCUGAGAUCCAAGAUCUUGUCUCUAGAACUUCUGUUGUCAUGCUUACAAAAUGCUGGUCCUAUAUUCCGUGACCAUGAGAUGUUUAUCACUGCUAUCAAACAGUACCUGUGUGUAGCUCUAUCCAAGAAUGGCGUAUCGUCUGUACCAUCAGUCUUCGAGCUGUCAUUAGCAAUCUUUCUAACUCUCCUGUCUUCCUUCAAGACUCAUUUGAAAAUGCAGAUAGAAGUUUUCUUCAAAGAGAUUUUUCUCAAUAUUCUUGAGACACACACAAGCUCAUUCCAGCACAAGUGGAUGGUAAUGCAGGCUCUCACCAGGAUUUGCUCAGAUGCUCAGUGUGUGGUUGACAUCUACCUUAAUUAUGACUGCGACAUGUCACUAUCCAACAUAUUYGAGCGCUUAACAGGUGAUCUGUCUAAAAUAGCACAAGGAAGACAAGCCAUUGAACUGGGAGCAACACCGGUCCAAGAGAGGAGUAUGCGUGUCAAAGGACUAGAGUGUUUGGUAUCUAUACUAAAGUGCAUGGUGGAAUGGAGCAGAGAGCUUUACAUCAACCCWAACUCUCAGGUUUCUACUGGAGACACCCCAAGUAUCAAAAGAAAAUCCAGCGUAAACGAGAGUGACAAGGAAGAGGACAAAGACAGCAAUAAUGGUGAACUGAAAUCRUUUGGUGGCAGUCAAGGAUCCCUAAACUCUACUUCAGCAUCAUCCAACAUCACUCCUGACAACCCUGUGGAGUUUGAAUCAUUAAAGCAAAUGAAAGGGCUUAUGGAGGAAGGCAUUUCUAAAUUUAAUAAAAGCCCCAAAAAAGGAAUCAAAUUUCUUCAGGAAAAUGGUCUCCUUGGAACAUCAGCUGAGGAAGUUGCUGAAUUCCUUCACACCGAUGAAAGACUAGACAAGACCCAAUCUGGAGAAUAUUUAGGAGAUCAUGAUGACUUCUGUAAAGAAGUAAUGUAUCGAUACGUUGACAAACUAGAGUUCACAGACCAUGAUUUUAUCAGUGCUCUGAGAAUAUUCCUAAAUAACUUCCGCUUACCUGGUGAAGCACAAAAAAUUGACAGAAUGAUGGAAAAAUUUGCCAGCAGAUAUCUGGAGACUAACCCAAAUAACACAGUUUUUGCCAGUGCUGAUGCAGCUUAUGUCCUGGCAUACUCCAUUAUCAUGUUGACUACAGACUUGCAUAACUCUCAAGUUAAACGGAAGAUCACCAAGGAACAGUACAUCAGCAUGAAUAAGGGCAUCAAUGACAGUAAAGACUUACCUCAGGAGUACCUGGAAAGUAUUUAUGAUGAAAUCCUGCAAAAUGAAAUCAAAAUGAGAAACCCACCAAAGACAGCCAACAGAUAUAACACUAUUUAUCUUCAAAAUGAAAAGCAUCGACGUGUACUCUACUACCAAGAAAUGGAGCAAAUGGCACAGACUGCUAAAUCACUGAUAGAAGGGGUCAGUCAUGUACAAACCACAUUCACCAGCGCUACCCACGUGGAACAUGUCAGGCCAAUGUUCAAGGUUACCUGGACACCCUUUCUGGCAGCAUUCAGCGUCAAUCUACAGCACUGUGAUGAACCACAAGUAGCUUCUCUGUGUCUGGAUGGUAUCAGGUGUGCCAUUCGUAUUGCUUGUAUAUUUGGCAUGCAGCUUGAGCGAGACAGCUUUGUACAAGCCUUGUCAAGAUUUACUCUACUCACAGCUUCAGGAUUACAUGAAAUGAAGUCAAAGAACAUUGAUACCAUUAAGACGCUAAUCACAGUAGCUCAAACAGACGGCAAUUACCUUGGUCACUCUUGGCAUGAAAUCCUCAAAUGCAUCUCUCAGCUAGAGUUAGCCCAAAUGAUAGGCACAGGAGUCAAGGCUGGUCCUGUAGUUAAUACCCUAAACCCUUCGUAUCCUGUCCGCCACGCCCCUGGAUCAGCUGCUACUCCUUCUAGAAGUAUUCCUACUCCAUCACAAGAACUUGUUAAUGAUCCCAAGAAGUUUGCCGUUAUGCAGGAGACAGUAGGAGAGACAAGCUCACAGAGUGUUGUUGUUGCUGUCGACAGAGUAUUUACUGGCUCUACUAAAUUGGAUGGGGAGGCCAUUGUGGAUUUCGUCAAAGCGCUGUGCAUGGUGUCAUCUGAAGAACUGUCCAAUCACAACCAUCCACGUAUGUUCAGCUUGACCAAGAUGGUGGAGAUAUCCUAUUACAAUAUGGCUCGUAUUCGUAUUGAAUGGUCCCAUAUAUGGGCUGUGCUGGGUGAACACUUCAAUAAGUGUGGUUGUAAUCCAAAUGAAGACGUCGCAUUCUUCUGUGUCGACUCCCUUCGUCAGUUAUCCAUGAAGUUCCUGGAAAAGGGAGAAUUGCCCAACUUCCGGUUCCAGAAAGACUUCCUGCGACCAUUUGAGCACAUCAUGAAGAAAAACAGAUCUGCUACUAUACGAGACAUGGUAGUUCGCUGUGUAGCUCAAAUGGUGCACUCGCAGGCUCACAAUAUCAAAUCAGGCUGGAAGAACGUGUUUUCUGUGUUUCAUUUGGCUGCGUCUGAUGUUGAUGAAGGCAUCGUUGAACUGGCUUUCCAAACCACUGCAACCAUUUUCGAGAAGUACUUCUCAGCCACSAUCGAUUCAUUCCAAGAUGCUGUCAAGUGUCUAUCGGAGUUUGCUUGUAAUGCGUCCUUCCCAGACACUAGUAUGGAAGCUAUUCGACUAAUACGAAACUGUGGCAAAUAUGUGUACGAUAACCCUGAGAUGUUUAAAGAUCACAGCUCUGAAGACGGUGUGAUAUCUGAAGCCGAUAGGGUCUGGGUCAAAGGCUGGUUCCCAGUACUAUUUGAGCUCUCGUGCAUUAUCAACCGAUGUAAACUGGACGUUAGAACAAGGGGUUUGACGGUGAUGUUUGAGAUUAUGAAAAGUUACGGUAACACAUUUCAAAAACAUUGGUGGCGAGACGUGUUCCGAGUCGUGUUCAGGAUAUUUGAUAACAUGAAACUACCAAAUCAACAAGUAGAUUGGUCUGAGAAAUCAGAGUGGAUGACUACCACGUGUAACCACGCCCUGUACGCAGUCGUAGACGUUUUUACGCAGUACUUCGAAGAGCUAUCGGAUGUACUACUGGAUGACAUGUUUUCUCAUCUUCUUUGGUGUGUCCAACAAGACAACGAACAGCUKGCCCGUUCAGGAACAAACUGCCUUGAGAAUCUAGUCGUCUCUAACGGCGAGAAGUUCACUCCAGAGAUGUGGGAGAAAACRUGUAAAUGUAUCGAGGAUAUCUUCUCUUCUACGUUACCUCAAGACUUGAUGAGUUGGGGAGCAAACAUGAAUAGACCAAACAACAUCGGAACAGAUCUUCACGUCUUUACUCAUCAAGUGUGUAGUACAGUUAGAACUCAUCCAGACAAUCGAUAACGUGGUGUUCUUUCCUGCUACCAGUCGAAAAGAAGACGCUGAAAACUGGGCAGCUGCUAAGUGUGACAGUUUCUCUCGUGGUCGGGGAGACAGCUCCAUUCCUCAUGAUGUUGGGAUGUUUCAGUUCUUAAGCUCCAAGCAGCUUUUCUCGUUCGUCAAGUGCCUGGAAGACUCGCACCGAUUCGCYAUGUCUUUUAAUUCAAACGACGAGCAACGGACGUUUCUAAUGAAAUCAGGUUUUAAAGGCAAAUCAAAACCAAAUCUACUGAAGCAAGAGACAUCCAGUUUAGCAUGUCUUCUUAGGAUCUUAUUUCGAAUGUACUUGGAUGAAAAUAGAAAAGAUGCUUGGCCYGAAGUAGAAGCAAUGAUAAUCAGACUCUGUCGUGAAUCACUAUCAUAUUACUUGUCUCUCGAGUCAUCUAGUCAUCGUGAAGCUUGGAGUUCUCUUUUACUACUCUUCUUAAACCGCAUAUUAAGACUUCAAGACGACAGGUUUAAGGUCCAUCUGAAGUCUUACUACCCAUUGUUAUGUGACCUGAUGUUACUGGACAUGAAGAUUGAACUGAGAACUGUACUCCGUACCAUGUUCCAGAGAAUAGGACCAGUGUUUGGUAUCUGUGACUCAGAACACUCCAGUUAACCGAUUAACUAUCAAUCAAUAAUGGUAUCGUAAUUAAUUGAUUUAUCAAUCUAUGUAAGACCCCACCUUGCACCCACCUUGCCCCCCUGAGUUCCAAAUUGUCAUUGGUUGAACAAGGCUCUGAAUUAGCAAUUCUUACAAAAGCUGUUCCAAACGGGAAAGAAAAUGCAACAAUUAGAUUUUUCUGUCGGCUCGUCAGGGAGUUGUUUUACAUGUUUUACAUAGAUUGAUAUAAGGUGAACAGACGUGUUGGWAACCAUGGUGAUUUGUGAAAUAGAAUGGCCGAUUUUUUUAAAUCAUCGCCUUUAGGAUUAUAGAGGGUUUACUUCACUGAUUGGUUGAGCAAUGCAACCGAGACAGAUUARCGAGUAUUGAAUUAUGCCAUGUUGCCAAGUCCCUUAUAGAGCAUUUGGGAUACCUGUGGUACGAUGAUAAAUUAUAAAUCCAGCAGCAGACAGGAGCAUCGCUGCAUUGUAGUUACUCCUUUUCUUAUAACAAUAAAACAAGCACUUGCAAUAAUUCUUGGUAAUCAAGGUAAUCAAGCAAAUACACAYGAUCUUGUCAUUGAUUCCAAGGUCAUGAACAAUAUUAUAUCAUGGUCCCAACCGUUGCUAUGUCACACAAAUUAGCUCAGAAUAUAAAGCUUCGAUUGUGGAAAAUUUACCAUAAAUGGUUUCAGUUGUUUACCGUCCCGUGAAAAUCAAAUCAAUUUACCUCGGAAUCCUUGUAGUACUCUUGUCUUGUAAAGCAACAUUUGAAUUUAAUUCUACUGGAAAACUGCUGCAACAGUGAUUGUUUGCUAUUGARCAAGUAGGAACUAUGAAUUCUCUACUUUCGCAUACUCCAUAAUGCUUUGCGCCUUGGGAUAAACAAUCAAAAAAAUUAUCCAAAAAUGAAAUGUUCUUCAAUUGACUGUACACUAUACCUACUUUUAUCUGUACAAAACUAUUUAAAAUUUUUCAUUUUAUAUUUGGAUAUCAAACGAGGUAUUUUCAGGAUUGUCUGAUCAGCCUUCAUCACUGCAUAAGUGCGUUUUUACCCCCAAAGCUGCAAAGUAUUAUGGGUGUGCAACAGAAGAGAAUAUCAUUACAACUCACUAAUAAUUACAAAAAAUUAUCUGACCCAAUAAUCCUUUGCGAACAGCAAUAAACUGCACACUAUGAAUUGUGGGUUCAUUCAAUAAUGCAUGCUUAUUCGUUACAUUGAUAGUCUUUUUAAAAGCAACUCACUCCAAAUGACAGGCUGUUAAACCAAAGGUUGUAUGGCCCAUUACCGUAGAGAAUAUUCAUUUGUAAAUUGAAAAGAACUAAAUAAACAAGACCAAGAUA